AUGAAUAAUUCAAGUUAUGAUAAAUCAAGUGAUUCACAAAACAUUUUAAACGUAAAUCAAUGUGAGAAAUUGUCAAAAGAUACAAUUAAUACAGAAAAUAUAGUUCAAAAUGCUUCUGAAAACAGAAAUACCGCAAUUAAUACACCGGACAAUGAUAUUACUUAUGAUAUUAGUUAUGACGAUGCAAAUAUAUUGCAUGUACCGGAACAAAUAAGUGGACAAGUUGCAAACGGACAAAAUGUAACAUCUAUAAAAAGUUACGAUAAUUCUUUUUUAAAUGAUUCAUCUCAAAAUAAAAUAUUAUAUCCUAAUAAUAAUUAUAAUCAAUUCAAUUCUUCAGCAUUUAACAGAAAAUUAAGAAGUGGUAAUGGUAAUUUUUAUAAUGUUGAUGUAAACACAGCUUGGAAUAUGAAUUACCCUUUAAAUUUAGAGAAUUAUGAUUAUUUAAAUAUGCAAACUCCUACAAAUAAUACACCCAAUGUGUAUAACACACCCCAUAACUUAAUAAAAAAUGCACAAUUAGUUUCUACAGAAAAUAUGGCCUCUCCUUUAUAUGUAGGAAGCACUAAUAUUCAGAAAAGUUCUCCCUUCACUGAUUCUUAUAAUUUAAAUUCAUAUUCCAAAAAAAAUCCUUUUUAUGGGAGGAUGGGUUCACAUAUUCCUUUACAUAAUAAUGAAUUUAAUUCCUUAUGUAAUUCAACCUUUUCAGGAUAUGAAAAUACAUCUCCUUAUAUAAAUUAUAAUUAUUUCAAACAUAUGCCACCACAUCUUUAUUAUUUAGUAAAGGAUAAAGACAAUUGUUCUUUCUUAAAAAAUGGAAUAAACCGUGCUAUGAAUGUGUGCAGUUCUAAUAUGAAUGAACCAUAUGCAUCAAAAUAUGAAUAUAUAAUUCAAGGACCAAAAUUAUCUUAUAUAAAUUAUCCAAACCAAAAGAAGUUUGAUGUAUUUAAAAAAUUAACUUUAGCAGUAGGCACCUAUCUAGAUGAUGCUGUAAACAUAAUGAUAGAUGUGUUGGAAUCGUCAGUUAGAAGUAUAAAAAAAAACAAUACUACUAAUUUGUAUGAUUUAUAUCCAUUUUACAAUCCUGAUCCAAUUUAUUCCAGACAAGAAAGGCCAACAUUGAAAACAGGAAGUAAUAUAUUCGAUAAAAUUAAUUGUGCUUUAGACGGUUCUACAUUAGAAAGGCAUAAAAAUAUUCCAAAAGACUGUGGGAGAAUUAUAGUUCCUAAAACUGAAAAAACGGGGCAUGUGGUUGUUGAUGGGAUAAAUAACAUAUUAGAUAAUUUAUUAAAUGAACCAUUGUCUUAUAAGAACUAUGAUUAUUUUAACGAUAAAUUUAAACCUGUGAAUGAAAUAGAACAGCAGUAA